AUGGCAAACAAGGGAGGCUUUUCAAAAGGACUUCUUCUCAAGGACUACAAGAGGAUGCAGGAGAAUCCUAAUGAGUACUACAGUGUCGGGCUGGUUGAUGGAGACAUAUACACAUGGGAGGUGAUGAUAUUCGGACCUCGGAAGACGCCUUAUGAAAACGGGAUUUUCAAGGGGCGAAUGCUGUUUCCAACCGACUAUCCGGACUCGCCUCCGAAGUUUCGGUUCUGCUCGAAGAUGUGGCAUCCGAACAUAGAUGAGAACGGGAAUGUCUGCAUAUCCAUAUUGCACAACCCCGGGGAGGACGAGUAUGGAUACGAGUCUCUGGGAGAUAGGUGGCUUCCGGUGCGAACGCCAGAGAGCGUGAUACUGAGCAUAAUAACUCUCCUCACGUCUCCCAACUGCGAAAGCCCGGCCAAUGUGGAUGCGGCACAGCAUCUAAGAGAGAAUGAAAGGGAGUAUAGGAAGAAAGUGAUGGAGCUUGCUGCAAUGACUCUUGAUCUCUAUGACAAGGAGGGGUAA